UGUUAAUCAAUGUCCCAUUGACGAGUUGGAAGCCCAACGGAGAGACUGCUGCCAAACUGUGGUGACCCUAUGACACAACUUGCUGAUCAAGGCUACACCACACACGUGGACAUGACACAACAUGCUGACCAAGGCACUACACACGUGGACAUGACACAACAUGCUGACCAAGGCACUACACACGUGGACAUGACCAAAGCUGAAGGGCACUUGUUGGCAGAGCAGAGUACCAAUGAUGAGAGCACCAAGGAUGAGAGUACCAAAGUUUCCUGCUUUAAGGCUAACCUUAAGGCUCAUCGGUUGAUGGUCAUUAUCGUGGUUGGGGUGAUAGCUGGAUUCGGCCUUGGAAGUGGAAUACGAUCUCUGGAGCCUUCUGGUGAUGUGCUGAUGUGGAUCGGCCUCCCAGGUGAAAUGUACAUGCGGAUGCUACAGAUGAUGAUCUUACCCCUCAUCAUAUGCAGCGUCAUCACAGGCACGGCCUCGGUUGACCCCAAAUGUAACGGACGCGUCAGUAUUGCAGCCUUAACCUACAUCAUGGUCACAAACACCUUCCCAUGCCUCCUCUCUAUAGCGCUUGCCUUCGCUAUAAAACCAGGCGUUGGGAUGAGCGAUGUAAAGGGGGAUUCUGUCGCACAGACGGACCCCGAAAACAUCAUCUCAACACAAGACAUCUUUGCCGACCUGAUCAGGAACAUCGCACCGAGCAAUCUCAUCACAGCCUGCUUUCAACAGGCUCAAACAAAGUAUGCGUUAAAAGAAGAAAUCACGAUUCGAAACGUGUCUGGCAUCCUUGAGAACAUCACGACCAGCACGAAGACACGUGUCCCUGGCGCCAGUAACUCACCGAAUGCUCUCGGACUGGUGCUGUGCUGUAUGAUGUUCGGCAUCGCUAUAUCCACCAUAGGGAAGGCAGCCAAACCGUUCUUCGUCUUCUUUGAAGCAGCUACGAUUAUCAUCUUUAAGAUCUUGAACUGGCUUAUAUGGUACACACCAAUUGGAGUUCUAAGUCUGAUAGCCGUUGCCAUAGCGCGGGCGGAUAACAUCCUGGAGACGUUCCGAUCCCUUGGGCUGUUCGCAUGCACUGUGGUGGUUGGCCUGCUCCUCUACCAGUUUAUUAUCCUGCCCCUGGGAGUGUUCGUCGUCACCAGACGGAACCCGUACAAGAUACAGGCGGAGUACAGUCGAGCCUGGAUGGUUACAUUUGCAUCGGCUUCAUCUGCAGUAGCUAUGCCUGAAGGCCUUCUCGCCCUUGAGAGGCUCCACAUCGACAAGAGGGUGGCACAGUUCGUCGUCCCCCUCGCUACAGCCACCAACAGGGACGGCAGUACGAUGUUCAUGGCAGCUGCGUGCAUCUUUAUUAGUCAGAUAGAAGGCAUGGAAGUAGAUGGCAGUAAAGUAAUAACGAUAUGGAUUCUGACAGCGGCCCUUUCUCUGGCCAUUCCCGCCCUUCCCAGUGCCAGCAUCGUGUGUGUCAUCAUCAUCCUGACCGCCCUCGGUAUACCCAUUCAGCAAACUGGCCUCCUCUUUGCUCUGGACUGGUUCCUAGAUCGCAUGCGUGGUGGUGUGAACCAGAUCAGUAUCGGCUACUGUGCGGUUGUCGCCUACCACUUCUCCAAAUCUGUACUGCCGAAAGAAGACAGCGACGAGGACAGCAUCGAGGCGUAGUUGAUGGCAACCGCAGUGACGAGUUUGUUAAGCAGUGCUUUACGAGCACAGGACUUUAACAACGCAUGUGUUCAUGUACUUUACCAGGGAAACUUCAUGUCAUCUGAUCAGAAUUGACGGUGGUGUCAGUAGCAGUUAUGACACAGGGAGGGCAGUACAUAUAAAAUAUCAACGCCAGAAAAUAACCAGUCCCUAUUAUGCGCCAAAACAGACAGGGUGCAAAAAACAAAAUCACAAUUAUAAUAGUGGAUAUGAUAUGUUUCUCCAGGUUCUGCUUAUCUGAAUCACCCCUGGAACAAAUCGGUUUGUCAAAAGUUAUGAAUGUUCGACCCGUAUAUUUUACGACAUACGUUUUUUGCAUGAUUCCACUUAAAAUUGAUAUACAAAUAGUUUGAAGUAGAAUCCAGCACCGUAGUUCUCUUGACUCUUUGGUGGUAGUGUUUCAUCAUAACUUGAAUACAUAUAUUUUAAGUACUCAAUGAGAUGGUUUUGUAUAUUUCUUGUCACCCACAAAUAUAUAUUUGAAAUAAAAGCAGAGUCAAUUGCACGAUUCCGACUAUAUCAUGA